AAUAUAUUCAGUAAAUCUCCCGAGCUACAGAUAGAUUCCCCUAAGUUCUUUGACUUCAGGAUAAUUACUCCUAAACAAAUAGGAACUCUCUUCUUUGCCUUCUGCUCUGCUGACAUGAAGAGUGUAAAAUGACAGGGCAAUAACUAUUACUUUUGAUUAUGCAAAAGAAAUUGAGAAGAAAAUAUUCUCAUUUUAAUUCACACAGAAGUAAAAAAGAAAAAGCCAAAUUGGACUACAGUGUUACAACUUGAUAGAAGGAUUAUCUGUUUGGGGUAAUGAGUAAGAGAAUAUAAUCUAAAUGGGAUGAAUUUCUGUUUCCUAACCUGGUAAUGGAAUCAGAUGCAUUUACAAAGCAAUCUCAAGUCAGAAAUUAAAAAUUGGCAUUCUUCCUAAAUGAAUCAUGUACCUGAAAAAUGUUUAAACAUGUUACAACUCCAGACAAAUCAGGUGGCAUCUCAACUAACUUAAUUCCUUCAUGAAAAGAAAUACAGAAGAAAUGGCACUGACUGUGCUGGUAACCAGGCUUAGGGCUGAGACACGGCUCAUGCUGGCUGGUCUGAAUCUAAAGCAGUUAUGUCAGAGAAAGUCCUACAUUCUAUUCCUGGUAAGCCCUCACUCCCAGACAAAUCAGAAUGAAUGGUCACCCCAGGGCAAAGAGUGCUUGAUGCUAUCUAAAUCCCAGUGGACUUCUCCUUGUACCCACCUACUUCAAUUCUUCUCUGCCACAUAGAACACACGGUGCCAAACACCCUCUUCCCAAGUGAUUUUGGUGGAACUGAAAGACACAGGUGACGUGUUCUACAGAGAGAUGCCUGUUAGACUUGAAUCAGACUUUGGUAGCUGAGCAGUUUUGGGCACAGACAUGGCUUCCUUUGGUCACUGUAAAAAUAUGAUCAUCACACUUUUCCCCGCAGACACUUCCCAAUCUACAUACAGCCAAGGAAGGAGGUUGGUAGAGAGAACUUGAGCCUCCCAGUCACCAGAAACUAUCACAUGACCAGAAGAUGGUCAGAGCAGGAACCAUGCUGAUGAUGGCACGGGCUUCCUUUUAUCUGAAACAAAGUUUCUGUGAGUAAUUCACAAUUAAGAAACAGAUUAAACCCUUACCUUCAAAAGAUUCAUAAGAUUUUAAAAACAACUUCCCCUUUGACAAUCCCAAACGGACUGUGGAAAACAAUGUAAACAACAACAAGGAAAAGUCCACCUGAUUGGUGGAAACUUUGGAGGCCACCUGUUUAAAAGGCCCAGAUUGGAAGGAGUCACCAGAUUCUGGGAAACUCACCUCUGAACAGGAGCCCACCCUCCACCCCUGACACCAUGACCCACUGCUGCUCCCCUUGCUGCCAGCCUACGUGCUGCAGGACCACCUGCUGCAGGACCACCUGCUGGAAGCCCACCUGUGUGACCAGCUGCAGCAGCACACCCUGCUGCCAGCCCUCCUGCUGUGUGUCCAGCUGCUGUCAGCCUUGCUGCCGCCCAACUUGCUGUCAAAACACCUGCUGCAGGACCACCUGCUGCCAGCCCCUCUGUGUGACAUGCUGCAGCCAGCCCACCUGUGUGACCAGCUGCUGCCAGCCCUGCUGCCGCCCAGCCAGCUGUGAGACGACCUGCUGCAGGACCACCUGCUGCCAGCCCACCUGUGUGACCACCUGCUGCCAGCCUACCUGUGUGUCCAGCUGCUGCCAACCUUCCUGCCAUCCUCCAUCUCAUAUGGUGCUUUGUUUUAGGACCACCUGCUGCCAGCCCACCUGUGUGUCCAGCUGCUGCCAGCCCACCUGUGUGACCAGCUGCUGCCAGCCUUGCUGCUGCUGAUCAGUUCCCAAAAGGACCAUCAUCCUCACAAGACAAUGUUCUGGCAACCUUCUGUCCUCCACUUGGAGGACAAAUUUCCUUUCAAACUUUGCUGACAACCAGCAUGUUCACUCUAAUUUUUAUGACUUCUCUGCAUGUUUAAAAUUUUCUGAGUGAGCUUGAUUGAGGGCAGAUUACUUCAGCCUGAUUCUCUCUUUCUUUACACUUUUUGGACCAUGUGCUAGCUUCAUGUAUUUUCAAUUUGGAGUCAUGGUCUCAGCUUGACUCUAAAAUCAAAAGCUUCAUUCUCUUUCUCUAAGAAACUUAGUUUUUGUAAGUGAUCAAUAAUCUUUACAGUCUUUUACAUUUUCAAUGUCCUCCUCAUGGCUCUUGUAUACUUCUUCUUUUCAUGAUUUCUUUUGGUUAUCUCCCUAGAAAGAGGGAUUUUUGCCUAUAUAUAUCUUAAUAAACUCAAAGCCAUUCUUCAUCUUA